CCCACGUUCCUUGUGGAACUGUCCAGAGUGCUGGCAAAUCCAGGAAACAGUCAGGUUGCCAGAGUUGCAGCUGGUCUACAAAUCAAGAACUCUUUGACAUCAAAAGAUCCAGAUAUCAAGGCACAGUACCAGCAGAGGUGGCUUGCUAUUGAUGCUAAUGCUCGACGGGAAGUCAAGAACUAUGUUUUACAGACUUUGGGCACAGAAACUUACCGGCCUAGUUCUGCCUCACAAUGUGUGGCUGGUAUUGCUUGUGCAGAGAUCCCAGUAAACCAGUGGCCAGAACUCAUUCCUCAGCUGGUAGCCAAUGUUACAAACCCUAACAGCACAGAACACAUGAAAGAGUCCACAUUGGAAGCUAUUGGUUACAUUUGUCAAGAUAUAGACCCUGAGCAGCUACAAGAUAAAUCCAAUGAGAUUCUGACUGCCAUAAUCCAGGGGAUGAGGAAAGAAGAACCUAGUAACAAUGUGAAGCUGGCUGCUACUAAUGCACUCCUGAACUCACUGGAGUUCACCAAAGCAAACUUUGACAAAGAGUCUGAACGGCACUUUAUCAUGCAAGUGGUCUGUGAAGCCACACAGUGUCCAGAUACAAGGGUAAGAGUGGCUGCUUUACAGAAUCUAGUGAAGAUAAUGUCAUUGUAUUACCAGUACAUGGAGACAUAUAUGGGUCCUGCCCUUUUUGCGAUCACAAUUGAAGCAAUGAAAAGUGACAUUGAUGAAGUGGCCCUACAAGGAAUAGAAUUUUGGUCCAACGUCUGCGAUGAGGAAAUGGAUUUGGCCAUUGAGGCUUCAGAGGCAGCAGAACAAGGACGGCCCCCUGAGCACACCAGCAAGUUUUAUGCCAAGGGAGCAUUACAGUACCUGGUUCCCAUCCUCACACAGACACUAACUAAACAGGAUGAAAACGAUGACGACGAUGACUGGAACCCAUGUAAAGCAGCUGGGGUGUGCCUCAUGCUUCUGUCCACCUGCUGUGAGGACGACAUUGUGCCGCAUGUCCUUCCCUUCAUUAAAGAACACAUCAAAAACCCUGACUGGCGAUACCGGGAUGCAGCAGUGAUGGCUUUUGGCAGUAUCUUGGAAGGACCAGAGCCUAAUCAGCUCAAACCAUUAGUUAUACAGGCUAUGCCCACCCUAAUAGAAUUAAUGAAAGACCCCAGUGUAGUUGUUCGAGACACAACAGCAUGGACGGUGGGCAGGAUCUGCGAGCUGCUCCCUGAAGCCGCCAUCAAUGAUGUCUACUUGGCACCCCUGCUGCAAUGUCUGAUUGAAGGCCUCAGUGCUGAACCCAGAGUGGCUUCAAAUGUGUGCUGGGCUUUUUCCAGUCUGGCUGAAGCUGCGUAUGAAGCUGCAGAUGUCGCUGAUGAUCAAGAGGAGCCGGCCACCUAUUGUCUGUCUUCUUCCUUUGAGCUGAUAGUUCAGAAGCUGCUGGAGACCACAGACAGACCUGAUGGUCACCAGAACAACCUGAGAAGUUCUGCAUAUGAGUCUCUAAUGGAAAUUGUAAAAAAUAGUGCCAAGGAUUGUUACCCCGCAGUGCAGAAGACCACCCUGGUCAUUAUGGAAAGGCUGCAGCAGGUGCUUCAGAUGGAGUCCCAUAUCCAGAGCACAUCAGAUAGAAUCCAGUUCAAUGACCUUCAGUCUCUACUCUGCGCUACUCUUCAGAAUGUACUCCGGAAAGUCCAGCAUCAAGAUGCUCUGCAGAUCUCUGAUGUGGUCAUGGCCUCCCUGUUGCGGAUGUUCCAAAGCACAGCUGGGUCUGGGGGAGUGCAGGAAGAUGCCCUGAUGGCAGUUAGCACGCUGGUGGAAGUAUUGGGUGGUGAAUUCCUCAAGUACAUGGAGGCCUUUAAACCAUUCCUGGGCAUUGGAUUGAAAAAUUAUGCUGAGUACCAGGUGUGUUUGGCAGCUGUUGGCUUAGUUGGAGACUUGUGCCGAGCCCUGCAGUCUAACAUUUUACCUUUCUGUGAUGAAGUCAUGCAGCUGCUCCUGGAGAACUUGGGGAAUGAGAAUGUCCACAGGUCUGUGAAGCCACAGAUUCUGUCUGUGUUUGGUGAUAUUGCUCUUGCCAUUGGUGGAGAGUUUAAAAAAUACCUAGAGGUCGUAUUGAAUACUCUGCAGCAGGCCUCCCAAGCCCAGGUGGACAAGUCAGACUUUGACAUGGUGGAUUAUCUGAACGAGUUAAGAGAAAGCUGCUUGGAAGCUUAUACAGGAAUCGUCCAAGGAUUGAAGGGAGAUCAGGAAAACGUACACCCGGAUGUAAUGCUGGUACAACCCAGAGUAGAAUUUAUUUUGUCUUUUAUUGAUCACAUUGCUGGAGACGAGGAUCAUACAGAUGGAGUUGUAGCGUGUGCUGCUGGACUGAUAGGGGACUUGUGUACAGCAUUUGGGAAGGAUGUACUGAAAUUAGUAGAAGCUAGGCCAAUGAUCCAUGAACUAUUAACCGAAGGACGGAGAUCGAAGACUAACAAAGCAAAGACCCUUGCUACGUGGGCAACAAAGGAACUGAGGAAACUGAAGAACCAAGCUUGAUCUGGUACCAUUGGGAUGAUGACCUGAGACCCCCACUGGAAAUCUCCAAUCUUUUGAAAAAACCCGGAAGUGAGGAGUGUGCACGGAUGCUGAAUGUUUGGGAAUGAGAGGAUGAGUGAGUGAGGCUUGAAAACACCACAUUGAAAAUCCUGCCACAGCCGACAACAGCAGUGCUGUUAGUGAGCUAAGUAAGCACUGACUUUGUAGAAAAACAUAACAUCAGCCAUCUUGGAACAGAGAAACAAUGGAUUUACUUACUUAUUAAAAACAAAGUUGUCUCUUCCCAGGGGAGGCUAGAACUAGCUUUCCUGUCUUGGCCGGUGCCGAAUGGGAUGACAGGUUUGGGAGAGGUGGACCUGGGUUCAGCUGUGGGGCUGUAUUGUAAAAGGCAGCCUGGCCAUUGCUACUGAGGAGAAAGAUGGAGCCCGGGUCUUGAGCCCACCUUCACUGUACCGUUGCACUUGGUACUGUACAUGUGCCCGUUAGAAGGCGCGUGGGGGAUUUCACAGUCUGAGAAUGAGUGUGUGUGAGUGAGGCGGUAUCCACAUUCUCAACUUCAAGUCAUUGCAGUUUCUUUUUCCCAGAAAACAAAGGGGUUUGAUGUUGCAUUUCAUAAACUAACUGAAGUUCUGGCUACUGAUGCAGCACAAGAGACACGUUUUAAAAAGAAUGAGGAAAGAUGCUCUUUAGGUUUGGUUUGGUUUCAUUUUUAAUUAUUCUAGGGAAAACACUGACGAAUGGUCAGAGCUCCUGUCCUGAUCUUUUCAUCAAGGCGCCUUUUCUGAUACUAUGGUUCAGCUGUGAAUGUAGCUGUGGGGGGAGGGGGGAGAAAAAGAAAACUCUGGAGUUAGAGGAUAUAGAAAAAUAAAAGUACAGUUGUUACAAAUAAAAUGCAGACUUCAAAGACAGAAAAAGCCACAACCCAAACCAAAUUUAAAUGCUUGAAAAUUGGCAUCAGAAACAAGCUCUCUCCUGACUUAUAUUGUGGCAGUUUGAAUGCCCCAGAAAACUGUGCCAAAGAGUUUAGAAUACAAUUGUACAAUAAAAGUAAAUACAAGCUCAAAACUGAAAACUUCAGGUAACUAUUUUGAAUUGCAAAUGACAAAAAUUUAAUGUUGAACGAUCUGAUAAAAUAACCAUUUGGAAACUGCUUGGCCUUCUGUUCUUUUCUUUGAUUGACUGCAAUGCGGUAUUGGUCUCUUGCUGCACUUCAAAACCAACUAACCAAUAAAACAAAUUUGUGUGUGUGUGUAUAUACGUAUACACAUACACUAACUACAACUGUUGUGAUGAAAAUGGCACUAGGAAAAGGUUCUAUUUUUCCACUGAAGUUGAAGAUGAAUAAAAUGGUGUCAAACAUU